UUCCGGAUUGUCUUACUUUGUGUACUGCCGUACCGGUGUUCUGUCGACUCUUCAUGGCAGCGGUCCUUGCGAAAUUGUAUCUACAUUCUCAGUGAAUAUCGUGCCUGGAGUCUAUAUGGCAGAACAGCUGGCUGCUAAGUCAAUGACUUUAUCUCUGAUCAUUAAGUGGGGCGGCCAGGAGUUUUCGCUGUCCGCCCUCUCCGAGGAUGACACGGUACUGGAUCUCAAGCACUCGCUCAAGAAUCUAACAGGGGUGUUACCCGAGCGCCAGAAACUACUGGGCCUCAAAUACAAAGGUAAACCAGCUGAUAACCACUUAAAACUAGGUGUUCUAAAACUUAAACCAAAUACCAAGAUUAUGAUGAUGGGAACACGAGAAGAAAGUUUGGAGGAGGUGAUGGGUCCCCCACCUGAAAAUGAUGAUGUUGUAAAUGAUUUUGAUAUAGAAGAGGAAGUCGUUGAAGUUGAAAAUAGGGAAGAAAACUUGGCCAAAAUCUCCCGACGUGUUAAAGAAUACAAAGUGGAAAUUCUUAAUGCUCCUAGGGAAGGGAAGAAACUGCUGGUAUUAGAUGUUGAUUACACACUGUUUGACCAUCGGUCAUGUGCAGAAACUGGCUUAGAGUUAAUGAGGCCGUACUUGCAUGAAUUUCUCACUUCUGCCUAUGAAGACUAUGACAUUGUAAUAUGGUCGGCUACCAGUAUGAAGUGGAUUGAAGCCAAAAUGAAAGAACUGGGAGUCAGUACAAACGCCAAUUAUAAGAUAACUUUCAUGCUGGAUAGUGCUGCUAUGAUUACUGUUCACACACCCAGAAGAGGCCUCAUUGAUGUAAAACCUCUUGGGGUGAUUUGGGGCAAAUACUCUGAAUUCUACAGUAAAAAAAAUACAAUUAUGUUUGAUGAUAUUGGACGUAAUUUCUUAAUGAAUCCUCAAAAUGGAUUGAAGAUCAGGCCUUUCAUGAAGGCUCAUUUAAACCGGGAUAAAGAUAAAGAACUUUUGAAGCUUGCACAGUACCUUAAGGAAAUAGCUAAAUUAGAUGAUUUAUCAGAUCUUAACCAUAAAUACUGGGAAAGGUAUCUUUCGAAGAAACAAGGUCAAUGAUGAAGCACUUUAAUUGAACGGACAUGCUCUUUUGCAAUUAGGUGUUUCUUCUUUUUUUUUUUUUUAGCAUCAAAUUUUGUUUUCCUCCUGGAGCUCUGCAUGGAAGCUCAGUAGAACUUAUUUCUUGCACGCUCCUUUUUUCAGUGUGGAUUUUUAUAAGUUGACUGAAUGUUACUAUUUUGCUUAUCUUCUGGUUUGUUCGACUUAAUUUACACAUUCUGUAACAACAGGAGUUACUGGUUUAAAUGCAUCAUCCAUCAUACGGAAAACUGUUAGACAACGAUCCAUUUUCAACCAAUUCUUGAAAAUUGAUAAUUAUGUUUUUUAUUUAUAUUUUUAUAUACUGAGAGCUCAGUCAUUGUCAUUAUUUUGCAUAUCAAACUUCUGAAUUUUUGUUCUUAUGCAAGUACUCAAAGAAAUCAUCUUUUUUCAUAUUUGUCUCAUGACUUUUUGUUAUAAGAUGCUGCAGAAUAAAGCAUACUUUGAUUACAGUAUGGACAAAAACAAACUAUUGCUGUUAAAAGUCUUUAAUGAAAUAUACUGGGGAGACAAUGUUAAUAAACAAAUUCAUGGGCUUAAACGUU